CUCGCCCGAAUAAUAACCCGGUAGAGCUUGAAAUUGAAAAUACUGAGUCUCAGUGAGUGAAGAGGAAGUGGCGCAAGAGAAAGAGAAAGAGAAGGAGAUGGAGGGAACAAGUACAACAGUACCAUUCAAGAACCUCCAUAGCCGAGAGUAUCAAGGUCACAAGAAGAAGGUGCAUUCGGUGGCUUGGAAUUGCACCGGCACAAAGCUCGCUUCUGGUUCUGUCGAUCAAACCGCUCGACUUUGGCACAUUGAGCCACACGGCCAUGGUAAGGUUAAGGAUAUUGAAUUGAAGGGUCACACUGAUAGUGUAGAUCAGCUGUGUUGGGAUCCCAAACAUGGCGAUCUAAUUGCUACUGCAUCCGGUGACAAGACUGUUCGUUUGUGGGACGCUCGAAGUGGAAAAUGCUCAAUGCAGACAGAACUCAGUGGGGAGAACAUUAACAUCACUUACAAACCUGAUGGUACACACAUAGCUGUUGGUAAUAGGGAUGAUGAAUUAACAAUACUGGAUGUUCGGAAAUUUAAACCAAUGCAUAAGCGCAAGUUCAGUUAUGAGGUAAAUGAGAUUGCGUGGAACAUGACAGGGGAGAUGUUCUUCUUGACAACUGGAAAUGGUACUGUUGAAGUACUAGCAUACCCAUCUCUGCGACCACUUGACACCCUCGUGGCUCAUACAGCUGGUUGCUAUUGUAUAGCAAUUGAUCCAAUGGGAAGAUAUUUUGCUGUUGGAAGUGCUGAUUCCUUAGUAAGCCUGUGGGAGAUAUCGGAGAUGCUCUGUGUGCGAACAUUUACAAAACUUGAAUGGCCUGUCCGCACAAUAAGCUUUAAUUACACUGGAGAUUAUAUUGCUUCUGCCAGUGAAGACUUGUUCAUUGAUAUAUCAAACGUUCAUACUGGACGAACAGUGCAUCAGAUACCAUGUCGGGCCGCUAUGAACAGUGUGGAAUGGAAUCCUAAGUACAAUUUACUCGCGUAUGCUGGGGAUGACAAGAACAAAUAUCAGGCUGAUGAAGGUGUUUUUAGAAUAUUUGGCUUUGAAAGCCCCUAACAUCUAGGCAGAGAGUUAACUGAGAGAGUUGUAACCCAUAGAUGUUCUUCACCUUUCUCCAAGGGACAAGUUUUCAAAUGUAUUUUUUAAAUUAUCAUCAUUCAAUUUGUGUUCAGUGCUUUUUCAUGCAUAUUCCAAGUCAAAUGAGACGAAUCCAGUUGUAAACAUUGCACAAUGAGUAAAACUUUUUUUUUUAAUAGCCAAAAUCUGGCACACAAAAGCUAUAUGGAAAACAAGCCCAAAUUUGUGUUCA